UCGUUGCUUUGUCAAGUGGCAAAACUAAAAUAACGACUUCUUUUCCGGCUUUUCUUUUCAUCUUUCUGAAACAGUUUUGACUUUGUUUGGAUUUUGUUGUAAAGUUCUUGACUCCGAGUCCUCUUUGCUGGGCGUGAGAUCGGGGGACUGUAGAUGGCUUUGCAGUAUGACCCACCACUGGGCCAUACCUCUGGACGAUUGCAAUCUAUUGUUUGAACGUCAGCUGUUUGACGAAAAUGGCCCAACAACAACAGCGAAACCGACAACUGGCUCACCUCAAUUCACUCUUCUUCUUCUUCUUCUUCUUCUUCUUCUUCUUCUUCUUCUGCUCAUUCUUCUCAUUCUUGUUUUGCUUUUUCUUUCUCUCUAUACUGCACUAUUUCAUAUUUGGGUUCCGUUACUUCUGUAUGAUGGCCCGGCACGAGAUGCAUCAGCAGCAUCUCUGCUUGUCCAAGAACGCCGGGAAGAGAUGCAACAACGAGUGGAUAUUCUCUGAUGUUCCUAGUGAUAUUACCAUAGAAGUCAGUGGAGCUACUUUUGCUUUGCAUAAGUUUCCUCUGGUCUCUCGAAGUGGGCGGAUCCGUAAGUUAGUUGCAGAGCAUAGGGAUUUUAAUAUUUCCCAGAUAGAGCUUCCUAGCUUACCUGGGGGUGCUGAUUCGUUUGACAUGGCCGCAAAGUUCUGCUAUGGCAUUAACUUUGAGAUUACAGCCUCAAAUGUUGCUCAAUUGUGCUGCGUUUCUGAUUACCUUGAAAUGACUGAGGAAUAUUCAAAAGACAACCUUGGUUCUCGUGCUGAAGCAUAUCUUGAUAGUGUUGUCUGCAAGAGCCUUGAAAUGUGUGUUGAAGUCUUGCAGAAGUGUGAAAACCUGCUUCCUCUUGCUGAUGAGCUGAAAAUUGUCAGCAGAUGCACUGAUGCAAUAGCAUCCAAGGCAUGUGUAGAGCAAAUAGCUUCAAGCUUCUCACGCUUAGAGUAUAGCAGCUCAGGAAGGCUCCACAUGAACAAGCAGGCCAAAUGUGAUGGAGACUGGUGGAUUGAAGAUCUCUCAGUUCUUCGGAUUGACUUGUAUCAGAAAGUCAUAGAAGCCAUGAAAUGCAGAGGGGUCCGUCCAGAGAGUAUUGGUGCAUCACUUGUCAAUUAUGCUCAAAAGUUUUUGACUAACAAACCCAGCUUAUGGAAUGCAUCUACCCAGCCAAAUUUUGAUUUAGUUGUCGGUUCUGUUGGCAAUGAACAGAGGUUCAUGGUUGAGACAAUUACCAGCCUGUUGCCUGUAGAAAAACUUGCUGUUCCCAUCAGUUUUCUUUUUGGACUUUUACGAACUGCAGUGAUGCUAGAUUGCGCAACUUCUUGCAGACUUAAUCUUGAGAGAAGGAUUGCAUCACAACUGGAAAUGGCUUCUCUUGAUGAUCUUUUGAUUCCAUCAUUCCGCCAUGCUGGGGAUACUUUAUUCAAUGUUGACACCAUUCACAGGAUUUUGGUAAAUUUCUCUCAGCAGGAUGUUAGCGAAGAUGAUUUAGAAGAUGAAUCCACAUAUGGGUCUGAUAGCCCUCAUUCUCCUUCUCAAUCUGCAUUGUUCAAAGUUGCAAAAUUAUUGGACAAUUACCUAGCAGAAAUUGCUGCCGAUGCAAAUCUCAAGCUGAGCAAGUUUAUAGCAAUGGCAGAUUCUUUACCAGCAUAUGCGCGUAAUAUACAUGACGGUCUAUAUCGAGCAAUUGAUAUAUACCUGAAAGCCCAUCAAGGUUUAUCUGAUCCAGAGAAAAAGAUGCUGUGCAAACUGAUUGAUUUUCAAAAGCUCUCAGAGGAGGCAGGUGCACAUGCUGCACAAAAUGAGCGUCUUCCACUACAGUCAAUUGUCCAAGUGCUUUAUUUUGAGCAGAUUAGGCUCAGGAAUGCCUUAUGCUACUCUUAUCCAGAUGACAAUCUUAAACCAAUGCACCAGUCAUGGCGGAUCAGCAGUGGUGCAUUCAGUGCAGCAAUGUCUCCCCGAGACAAUUAUGCAUCAUUAAGGCGAGAGAAUAGAGAACUCAAGCUUGAAUUAGCUCGAUUGCGGAUGAGACUCAAUGAUCUGGAAAAGGAACAUAUUAGCAUGAAAAGGAACAUGGAGAAAUCAAGCUCUCAUAAGUUUAUGGGAUCUUUUUCUAAGAAGAUCAGCAAGCUGAACUUGUUUGGUCAUAGUUAUUCCAGGGCAUCAAGUUCACCUUCAAAGCGAUCACAAAGAACAGAUUCUAAGAUAGAGAGAGAGAACAUGAGCAGCAGAUGUUCUAGAUUAAACACACUUAUCUAGAUCUUUUUUCACCUCUCUACUCAAUAACUGCAUGAUCUGCUCUUCAUGGCCUUUUCUGAACUUUUCUCACCUGUUUAUCUGGUGGUGCUUUGAGCUAUCGAGAGGGGCUUAUUACAGUUGAAAAUGGUGAUUUUCAAUUGGUGUUAGUCCCAUUGUCAAUAUCCUUGAUUUUCACUAACAAGGAAGUCUUUUACAGAUACAUUUAGAAAGUUACUCGUGUUACAGUCAUUUUAACUGAUCAAUACAGAUAAAUUGAACA